AUGUCCGACCGCGACGCCGCGACAACCGACGACGUCAGCGGCCACCAGGCCCGAGACGCAGCAACCAGCUUCGUCGAAGCCUCCUACUUAACCUACCUCGUCCCAGCCGAGACCGAUCUGGACCUCGACAAGGCCUUCAAGGACGUCGAUGCUGCCAAGUCCAUACUCGACUCGAUACCCCAGCGUGAUACCCUCUUCUUCGACGAAACCGUCAAUGUCCUGCUCGUCCUCAAGGUCCCCUGGCUGGGGGAAAAUACCCUGCAGGCCCAGCUGCGCCGUCUCGUCAUCUCGCUCGAGGCGCAGGUAGUCAACAGCACCGUGCCCGGCCGCGACUCAUCCCCCGCCCCCGAGACCAUCUUCGUCGGACAAGUGCGCGACGUGAACGAUCCCUUCAUCGUCGUCGACGAGGAGGAGGAAGAUGGCGAGGGGAGCGGCUCCGACGACGCCCCGUCCCAGCACGUCUACGCUGUCUGGAAGCUGCCCGUCCCGCUCGCCCGCCCCCGCGUCCGCCCCCACGACUCGUCCAUCAUCUUCACCGCCUCGGCGAGUGUCAAGCCCGAGCUCGCGACGGAGCUCAACACCCGUGGCACCGGCUACCUCCAGAGCGGCCUUCCCACGAGCGUGAACUUGCUCGAGUCCUUCUCCGGCGACCCCGCCCUCGGCGGCGUCCGGCCGCGCCUGUCUGCGCUGCGCGUGUCCAGAGUCGCCCCCCUGAUGAGGAAGCAGGAUCUCGCCGCGCACAUCCGCUCUCUAGCGCACCUCAGGCUCCCCGUCUUCCCCGUCGCCCACUCGAGGAUACGCUUCUCGCGGCCCAACACGGCUCCGCCCAGCCCGGCCAUCAUUGCCCUUCUCGAAAUCGACUUCACCCCGUUCUUUGACAGCGAGAUCCUACUCGACGAAAUCAAGCUCCUCACCCCCGACGCCGCCGUCGACAGCCUCAACGACGAGGCCGCUAUGAAGCUACCCCAGAUCUGCGUCGCCCACGACCACGUCACCUUUCUCUAUCUCAUCAGGCCCCACGACCCUGAGGCCGGUCAGAGACCCGUGUCCGGCACCCUCGACAUCUCCAUCUCCGCCUGCGUCCAGGUCACCCCCGGCGUCUGUUUGCCGCGCCUCUCCAUGGCCUGGAGCGCCGCCCUCGACUUCACCACCCCCGUCAACCCCAGCUUUGCCACGGCGUCCGUCGACACGGGCAUCCAGCGCGCCCACCGCCCCUCGCAACUCUCCAUCAGCAGCCCUCCACCCAUGACCCCCGUCGCCGCCCAGCCCCCCGCCCUCCAUCCCGACGCCCUGCCAGCCCUCGACGCCUCCGCCGCGCGCACCACCGAGGCCGCCCUCACCGACCUCGGCAUCACCAUGUCCUUCACCGGCCCCGCUCGGCCUGUUUACCCGGGCGACAUCUUCUCGUGGACCGUCUACGUCGUCAACCGCUCCAGCGAGAAGAGCGCCCGCCCCCCGCGCAAGCUCGCCCUCGUCGCCGUCCCCAAGCGCCGCCGCAACGAGGUCAGGCCGGUGCGCCCGCCCUCGACUGCCUCGCGGCGCCUGGGCGAGAAGGAAGUCGCCGACGCCGUGCUCGACGACAACGCCCUGCACGUGAUGCAGAAGAACUCCAUGAUCGACGUCUCUGACGUCCUCUGCCUUAGCGCCGACACGCGCGUCGGGCCCUUGGGCCCUGGUGCCUGUCACGUCGUCGAGCUGCAGUUUCUCGCGCUGCGUGAGGGCAUUGUGGAGGUCGAGGCGAUCCGGGUCAUGGACCUGAGCUCUCAAGAACACGUCGACAUAAGAGAUCUGCCGACCGUCGUAGUAGAACCGCCGGCUGCGUGA